CCUACUGGCACAUAUAAGAUGCUAGUCACACUUGGGAGAUGAGAGGGGAAGGUGCCUGCAGCAAGAUGGAUAUGGGCAGCAAAGAAGUUUUGAUUGAGAGCCCACCGGACUACUCAGCAGCCCCCCGGGGUCGGUUCAGCAUCCCCUGCUGCCCUGUGAACCUCAAACGCCUCCUCAUCGUGGUCGUGGUGGUAGUCCUUGUGGUCGUGGUGAUUGUGGGGGCCCUACUAAUGGGUCUUCACAUGAGCCAGAAACACACUGAGAUGGUCCUAGAGAUGAGCAUUGGGGGACCAGAAGCCCAGCAGCACCUGGCCAUGAGUGAGCGUGUGGGUAGCACUGCCACCUUCUCCAUUGGCUCCACUGGCAUUGUAGUGUAUGACUACCAGCGGCUCCUGAUUGCCUAUAAGCCAGCCCCAGGAACCUGUUGCUACAUCAUGAAGAUGGCGCCGGAGAACAUCCCAAGUCUUGAGGCUCUCACCAGAAAGUUCCAGAACUUCCAGGUCAAGCCUGCAGUGUCUACCUCUAAGCUGGGCCAGGAGGAGGGUCAUGAUGCUGGCUCAGCAUCCUCCGUGGACCUGGACUUCCUGGGCACCACAGUGAGCACCCUGUGUCGCGAGGUGCCCCUCUACUACAUCUAGAAUCCCUCAGGGUCUGUGGAAACCCCAAGUGAACAGGAAAGAUCCAGGAGCAAAGGGUGAGAGGCAGGAAGCUGCUCCUCCCCAUACCGCAGACACUGGCGC